GAUUUUGAUUUUUACCUAAGUUUGGUAGAAACUUCUAAAAGCCUCAACAAAGAGGUAUGGCAGGUUUCAUUUGCAUUGCAGUUAUUAACACUGUGAGUACGAUGGCGAAAAAAACCUUGCCUCGUGCACCAGCGGCCCAGGCUCGAUGCAUAAAUUACCGCGAGUUUCGAUACUGUUUUGCAUAUUACGAACGAAUAAGACUGUGUUUGGGAAAUUCAAUAUAGUUGUUAAAACGUCGAAAUUUAGUUACGUAAACUUACGUAAACUUGGGCCUGUUGUUGCUUUUUCUGUGUAACCUGGGCUCAAUUCAUGGCAAUUUUAUAGCGUUUUGAGGGUCGUUGUUUGUUCGGUGUUGUUUUCCUGCAUAAAGCGAAGCAAGCCAGGUGACUGGGUGCAGUCUCAACUCACAGGAAACUCGAUAACUACGUGUUGCGAGAUGAAAGGGAAGGGGGCUGGGACGAGUCUUCUUUCUCUUUUCACAAUCCCACCGUGCCUUGCGCUUAACAUAGUCGGAGAGACCUCUUGGUAAGAGAGAGUAAGAUUACCACUUCGACCGUCAGCCUUUUAUUAAAGCGAAAGUCCGGGUUGGCACCGCUGUACAUUUUCAGUAAACGUGAGUAUGAUUUCAGAAUCCUUUUGCUUCGCCAGCUAGUGAUUUUUCCUAUGAUUGUGCUCACAAUAACCCGAACUGUCUCGCUAGAAUAACCACACUUAUAUGUGUUAGCUGAAAAGAAUUGUUUUGAAACUAUACGAUAACUUUACUCCUAGGCUGCUUCUGACACGCGCCUUGAAAGUUCUAGUUACCAGAGUCAACAGUAAAUUUAUUUUGUUUCUUACAUUUCUUUAAUGGGGUUAAAAUAAAGGCUACGAGUCCUCAGCUAGCUCUUCAGCUUUUAUGUUCGCAAGAUUUAGAUCAUUUUUUGCGGCUACUGAAGAAGGAGUGAAAAUGAUCAGUAACAUUUAGUUUAUUCAGUGGCUCAGUUACGCUGUAAUCAGAGUUGUAACAAAGUCUACGACUCCUUAGCUUCUACGUUCGUGAUAAGAAUGAUCAGUGAUAGGAUCAUGGGAAAGAGAUCUGAAAAUAUAUUGGCCCGGUCACAGUUGUGUCGCAAUAAACGCGUGGAUGCGUAGUUGCCAUUUUAGGACAGAGUCAGCCGUGAUCGUGUGCAAAUUUCAUCCAAGUUUGCUUUUAACCGCUUUGCUGAUUUUGUGAUUGUUGCGAGAUUAUAGAAAUUUUUGCGCGGACUAGAAUGUCGUUAAGAGAUUUUUUCUUACUUCGGGAGACAACGGUGGCUGGUUAAAGAUUUGUUUAAGCUUAUGUUGCUGUUGAAUGAUGUGCUGGUGUUUCAUGAGAUUCUUUUUGAGAUUCAGGGUGGCCGGAUUGUAGAUAGUAACAAACAAUAAAAUAUCUUUUGUUUGUUUUGCUUUAUUGCAAAGAGCCUCUUUUCUGUCGGCGAACUUAACUUCAGUCAGUAUUUUCUUGAACGAGCGUAAAGGAUAGCCUCUUUGACAGAGUUUGUGUCCAGUCUCGUUUGCUUUGUUCAAAGUUUUCUCUGACUGAGUUAUGCAGAUUAAAGGGUGGCAAGAUGAGAAGUGUGUAUAUUGAAAAGUUUCGGUGUGCUUGAAAUGUGUUUGAAUUGAAGGGCGAGGUGCUUACAAAACCUCAGUAUCAAGAAAAAAACCCGUUCAGAUGACAUUUCACACCGAAGUAAACUUGAUUGUAGGGUUGAACGUCAAAUGGAGAAUGAUCCUCGCAGUUGUGAACUCAAUUUAUGCAAUUGCGCAAAAAGCCUUAAAAAAUUCGGGACUUCGACGGGAUUUGAACCAGUGACCGGUGCGAUGCUCUAACCAACUGAGCUAUGAAUCCACUGAUGUUGGGAGCUAGUCAGCAAUUGUGUGUUCUUGUGUUCCCGUGAUGAGAUGAAUGUGAUGUAUAUAAAAUAAAUUAUAUAACAACUGCGGAAAUAAAAUUGGAACGCAAUUUAUGCAAUUGCGUAAGAAGCCUAGCGAAGUCAAAAAAAAAAAACUCUUCCACACCAAAGGUUUCGAGGGGUUUAGCCAUUAAUAGUCGUUUUUCUAGGUCUGCCAUAAAAAUAACAGAGAAAGCUACUGUUGUCUUAGUUCUCAUAGCGACGCCAUGAGUUUGAAUGAAGUGUCGUUCGUUGAACGUGAUGCUACGAAUUCUCUUCAAGUAUGAGCCGCAAAAGUUCCUGUAAAUCAUUUGGGGGAGUUCAGUGCCAAAUUAUGCUCAUAGUGAUCUUCGAAGUGACGGCAAAUAACGUCAAUCCCUUCUGUUUGAGGGAUGUUUGUGUAAAGGGAGCAGCUAAAAGCACAUGGUCGGAGAUUUGCGUGCUUUCAAUAAAGUUGAUGAAAUCGGUGGUGUCUUGAAGAUGUAACUCCUGUUUUUGUUGAAUAUUGGAUCCUUUGUCAGUUGCUUUUUAUAGCUUUUUUCGAAGAGUUCAGGAAUUAGGAUUCUGUAUAUGCUACAUGAAAAGAGCAGACUCAAGUUUACGGCACUAGCUCUCUUCGUGAGUUGUAAGUAACUGACUAAGGAUCCAAUAUUUAGGUUCCGAAACCGAUCUUGCAGUCAUAGCUAAGCAGAGUGUUACGUUUUUCUUGGAAGUUAACCAUGUGACACACUUAAUAUACAGAUUUAGCCAGGGCUAAAAGCGAGGCUCCCAUUAAUAUAUUUAUAAUUUAAAUCAAACAAUAAACUUGUAUUCCACAAUUCUGUUAACUUUAGAGCACAUAACACAUUCAUGUGACUUUUGAGGGAAAGGCUGAGUGAUUUUAGAGAAAAAUAAUUUGCAAACAGCCUAAGAGUGAACAAAAUCUUACAUCAAGUUGAUAGCCUCACAUGUACACCCAAAAAAUAGCAAUCAUCUUCGAUCACAUUUAGGAGCCAUAAUGGCUCUUGAUCACCGUAAGAUUAAUUAGGCCUGGAAAAAAAAUCAGGCCGAAUUUUUUUGCGUUCGACACGUUUACUUUACAAAAUCUUGCCAACAAAUCCGGGUGCGUGUAAACCAACCUUUUAUACCAUUUAUACAUCACAUCUGAGGUGAAACAGUACUAUGAGGUACUGUUUUUAUCAUACAGACCUCGGACAGAAUGCAGUAUUUCACAAUUUUGCAACACAAAUUGCACUCAUUCAAUAUUUAGGACGAUCGAAGCGCGCGUGGGCUUUUUAAACCGUUAAAAACAUUUCCAAAAUCAUAUACUGCCAGCCGGUUCUCACUUUUGCAGUGCGAACUGUAGCGAGUGUUUGAACGAACAUACUAGAGUUAAGCUACAACAUAAUAAAGAAAUUAUUAUGUUUAUUCAGUUUUAUUAAAUGGUUUUAUCGAUGUGUAAUCUUUAAAAGCGCCUGUUUGAUACCCGCGGCACUGUGAGUACUCCUGCAAGCGAUGUUCACUGAACAACUGAAAACAAACGGCACGGCGAUUAAAAUUACAAGAGAGACUACCAACAAUCAGUAAAAGAAAUAUAAUUCGGUGAAACAUGUGCAGAGACAACAUUUUUCAUUGACCAAGACAAGUAUUAAAGUAUCCCUAAAAAUCCUGAGUCUUCAAGCUUAACCUGAAAGCUCAAGUUUAUGUUUUAAGCCGGCUUCCCGAUAUUUACUUUUUUCAAAGAUGAACUCGAGGCAAGAAAAUCGCUCAAAGCUUUCUUUUACAGCCAGAAUUAUAAGUAAAUGUUUUUUGGAACGUUUUCUUUCUAUUUGCAGUGAGAAAAUAUCUAAAGGCUUUUUAAAGUUCUGAAAGCUUAUAUCAAACCUGAUUCUUGGUCAUAUCAAAUUGUCUCAAAUCUGACAAACGUGCACAAACUACAUAGCCGCAUAAACUGCGCUCGACUUCAUUAAAUUAGAUAAAAAAAAAAAAAAACAUCAAACACAAUAAUUACUGAGGCUUACCAUUCGACAUGUAGCUCCUGAAAGGUAUCAAGGAAGGCCAGUAUCGCUUCAGACUUUUCAACCCUUACGCAUCAAGCAAGGUGAAAAGCGAAAUGGAUGUAUGGCUAUGUAGGGCUAUGUAUAGCUAUGUAUGGCUAUGUAGGGCUGUGUAUGGCUAUGUAUGGCUACGUAGGGCUAUGUAGGGUUAUGUAGGGCUAUGUAGGGCUAUAUAUGGCUAUGUAGGGCUAUGUAUGGCUAUGUAUGGCUAUGUAUGGCUAUGUAUGGCUAUGUAUGGCUAUGUAUGGCUAUGUAGGGCUAUGUAGGGCUAUGUAGGGCUGUGUAUGGCUAUGUAUGGUUAUGUAGGGCUAUGUAUGGCUAUGUAUGGCUAUGUAUGGCUAUGUAUGGCUAUGUACGGCUAUGUAUGGCUAUGUAGGGCUAUGUAGGGCUAUGUAUGGCUAUGUAUGGCUAUGUAAAGUUAUGCCAUAUAUUAACUAACGGGGAACCACUAUAUGAUGCUUACACCACGUACCUACCCAAAUAAAUCACGUCAACUUGAUGAGUUGACACAUGAGCCCCCGAUAUGGCAAUGUGACACUGGUCAGUGGCUAUCCUGUUUUGACAGCUGUCAAUUGACCAUAUUGUGAAUGGCCAAUAUAAAAGAUAUGGGUUUGACAAGACACACCUGAGACACCCCUCCCUUCCUUUUGAUAGUCUCCCCUACCCUACCCGUACAAUCUGUAGACGCGUACGUACGUACGUACGUACGUACGCUCGGUCAGUCACGUGACAACCAAAUGAGAAGAGGUUGACCAUAUUCUAUGAGUAUGGGGCUCUGUCCCACGCGCGCUUCGCGCGCGAGGGAGCCCCGCUAUAAUCUGAUACCAAAUAUAUCAGUGUCACUUUGCCUACACCGCAGGCAAGCACCUACAAGCUUGGUCCCUUACUUAAAAUUAUGCGGUCUUUUGACUCAAUCAAGCGUAUCCUCAACCAGCUACUGAUUGAAGCUUAACGGAAGGAAACCUUUCCAUAGGACUUUUUACACUGUUCUUAGUCCUAGUUCGGUAUCGUUCAAUGAGUUAUCUCUCUUUGAAGCUUUUCAAAGAUUUGCUGCCAUAUGUUCACCUUUGAUUAUAGAACCGCACUCGACCUGUAUUCAAGCAUAUCAUUCUGAUUACAGCGUAACUGAGCCAAUAAACUAAACAUUACUGAUCAUUCUCACUCGUUCUAAGUCGCGAAAGGUGAUCUUUAUCCUGCGAACGUAGAAGCUGAGGACUAGAAGCCUUUAUUGUGACCCAUUCCCGAUAAUACUUUAGUCGAGUCCUACAAGUCGAACCUAGUAACUAAUAUAUGAUGCACGCCUUGGAAGUUCGAGUGAUCAAAGUCAACUGUUGAUUUAUUUUUGUUACAUCUUUAAUGAGAAGACUUAUGAUGAGCCUGAUGGAGCCUGUUUCAGUCCGGAGAGGGCACAAAUAAGCUAAAAGAAUAACGGGAGCGAGAAAAAAGCGACACGUAGAACAAGGACUGGAGAGCUCAAAAGUUUUUCAUCAUGCGCAUCACACCGAUUUUUAACGUAGAAGCUGCCGGAAUUUGUCUGCGCCAAGUUGUUUACAAGAUCACAAAAGAAUAAAAUUGUCAACAUGUAUAUUUUUUUCUCUUAUCAUAUUGAAACCACCAACAAACUGUAACCUCGCCAAAUCGGAUAAUGGCAGUAUCCUUCAAGACUUCGGAUAGUACUUAGCUUUAACAGUUCUACUCAAGUUUUUUAGCAAAUGAAAUCUAUAACCAUAGUUAUUAAACUAUGAAACAACUAAAUAUUUUAACGCAAAGACUGAAUUCGAAACUUAAGGUGGAACGCUUAGACAGUUACUAUCUCAUUCUGUUAAUGUGAGUUGAUAUGCAAGUGUGUGUUUAGAGGUCCGUUUAGCUUAAUGUUAAUUAAACCAGAGAAGUGUGAAGACACAAGCCUUAGCCUGUUGAAAUUGAUUUUUAAUGUGUUUUGAUACAGUUUUCUGAGAUCAUACCGAUAUUUUUAAAUGUGCCGGAUUUUAUCGUUGUCCGAUCGCCAAAAAAAAUAUUCACCCCUAGUUGACCUUGCAUGAAUUGAAGUUUGUCAAAAUAUAGCUAUAGUUUUAAGUAAAAUCGAUAUCACCAUGACAACGACAAACACAAAUCUCAAAAAAUACGAUUUUUUCGACAACUAGACCUUCCAUCGAAAAUUCAACAUUAGGAUCUUAAAGUGUUACGUGUUUGGCAAAUCAUUUCUCUUCCUCAGGGACCCAGGGGCGGUCAGACGGAGGCGAUCGAACGUUUUCAAAAACUGGCGAGAGAGCCCCUAGGAAACUACCUCUUAACGAACCAGUUCCAAGACCUAUUCGUUCCGCAAGGAUCCGUUCUAGGACCUCUGUUGUUUUUAAUCUAUAUUAAUGACUUCCCUGCUUGUCCUCUAUAUUCUGUGCCAAGAAUGUUUGCAGACGACACAAGUUUUACUAUAAGCUCGUGUGAUCCAGCUCAUAUGCAAUCUAAAUUGCGACUUAGCUGAAACUGGUUUUAAGCAAACAAGUUGAGUCUAAAUGUGAAAAAAGCAUUUAUUAUUGGUAGCCAUAACAGGCUGGGCAAUCCAAAUCAUCGGUUUGAUAUAAAGAUAGAUGAACACUUUCUGGAAAGAGCUAAACCUUAUAUGCACCUUAGUGUUGAUCUGGAUGAGAGCCUACCGAGGGACUCCCAUUUACACAAUGUUGUCAAAAAGUAUCUGCUGGCCUUGGGGCUAUCAUACGUGUUAGAAACCUGUUUCCCCGUGAGGUGACUCUAAUUAUGAUCUAUAACGCUUUUAUCCAACCAUGAUUUGAUUAUUGUUCCUCCGUUUGGGGCAGCUUAUAGGUGUGUGUCAAUCUGAAAGACUCCAAAAACUUAAAAAUAGGCCACACGCUUAAAAACUCUCGCUGACCUAAAUGUUAAAACUGCGGCUAUCCUUGGUGACCUUGACUGGGAAUGUCUGGAGCAAAGACGGUCGACUGAAUUAAGCAACUAGCAACCGUUCUGUUAAAGUCUCUUCAUAAUAUGGCUCCGAUUUAUCUAAACAGAAUUUUAAAACCCACAUCCAGUAUUCACGCAUAUAAUCUAAGAAAUUCAAAAUGCAACCUGUUUGUUCCUAUACCGUAUAGUGUUGAGAUGAGUAAGGGUAGUUUUCAAUAUUGCGGGUCUGUUCUGCGGAAUUUCCACUGAUUUCUGUCAAUUCCAGGAAGUUAUUUGGAGCCCAUGGUUAAGAGGUGAGGGUGGUUAGUCCUGAGGAGAGAGGUUGUUAUUUUUACACUAAAAGUAUCAGGGCUUUAAGCAAAUUAAGUUUUGAAAGAUUGCCUGCAAUGUGCUGGACUUGACUUAAGAUUUCAGGCAACCCGGUUUUCAAAACUCCAGGUAGAUAUGUGUAUAUAAUAAUGUGUCAAACCUUCGUCGACAUUGGUUCACUGCCAAACCCUCAAAUUCUAAGCCAAACCUACCCUUGAUCAGGUAAAAUAAAAUCUGCGUUGCGUUGAUCCUGGCCUGUUUGUAGGCUAGGUUCGGCUUAGAAUUUGAGGGAGGUAUAGUUAAUCAAUGUUGAUGAAAGUUUGACACAUUAUUAUAAUCUGAUUAUCAUACACAUCAUCGUCAUCAUCAUUAUCAUCACAUUAUGAAUUUAAAAAAAAGAUUAUAUCGAGCCGUUCCAGAGAUAAACGAAAAAGCGUGGGAAAACCAAGGUCUUGCAAAAAGUUGCACUACUAAGAAUGUUGUUUAGAAAGAAGGGUUUGAUUCCAGGAUCGCAAACAAGGACAUGCAGCAAAGUUUGCUGGCAUAGAGAUAUAAGCAGCGUUGUGAUGAACCUCUUAGCAAUUUGAGUUGGAAUUUGUUUAUCCGUUCACUUGUCUCGACUUUUAAAAAUAUAAUGUUUGAAAUAUACUUGCGUUUUAUUUAAAUUCAAACAUAGAGAAUUUCGUUAUUCUCACGGAAAUUAUUUGCAAAAUGCCACACCUUAAGUUUUUGAUGUUGCAAGUUCAAUGACAGGCCUAGAGGUCGCGAAAGACUUGCUUAUCGUUGUCAUGAAGAUAUGGAUUAUUUUAUUUAAAACUGCAUUUUGACAAAGUUCAAUCCAAGUUCAUUUUUUAGUAACAAUUUCAUGGCGAUCGGGAAAGGAUAAAAUAACCCUAAGGCAUUUGAAAAACUUCAUUAUGGUCUCCUAACUAAAAAACUGUAUGAAAACACCUUCACACUGGAACCUANUAGUUGGGUACUUUGGAAAGUCGAUCAUAUUAGGAGAGGCUGAGGAGAGGUGGAGUCGACAGUUUGGUGGCUGGGGGAGGGGGGGGGCGCGGGGGGGGGGAGAGGCCUGAUCGCGAGUGGCGAGGGCACAAUCCUUGUAGGGGGGUAUUCUCCCCCAGGAAAUUUUCAAAUUUGGAGGCGCCGAAACGCUAUUUUUAGCACUUUCAAGAGAUAUGUAUCCGAAAAAUAGACCUCGAUUAAGUGUGAAAGGCAGGUGUUUUCGGUUCUUACAAGUGCUUAUUUUCUAGGUCCUGUUUAUUUGAAACACACCGUAUAUUCAAGUACUAGUACACUAAACAUUUCACAAUACUGCAUGAUGUAGUAGAUUAAUUACUUAUAAUUAGACGGUACAGGAUGCCGAAUAGUGCUAACGAAAGGAUGUACUGCUAUUUAGAUGGAAUUCCUGUUAGUCAGUGAUGUGGCAAGGAUGGGGAUGAUGUUGAUGACGAUGAUGAUGGUGAUGAUGCUGAUGCUGAUGAAUAUGUUCACGUUGACGCAGCUGGAGAUGGUGCCAGUGUUAAUAUUCAUUAUGCUAGUGAUAAUGUUUUUUCUUAAAAUGAGGAAGGAAAUUCCACAGGUAUGUGUUCCACAAUUCAAUUCAAGUCUGAUCCUGGUAGAUUUUCUGAAUUGCCUCUGAUUAGACUGUUUAGGAUGCCGUGAAGUGCUAACAAAAGGAUACUCUCAUUUAGAUGGAUUUCAGAGUUCUGGCAAUUAUUGCAACUGUGAUGGUGAUUAUUGUGACGUUGUUCCUGAAGAUGACGACGACGAUGAAGAUGACACAGAUAAUGUUGGUGGUGAUGAUGACUAUGGCGAUGCUCCUGAUGAUAGAUUUUUAUUUUAG